GCUUCCUGGCUUUCUCCCAGUCGAACAAAGAAGUCAGUGGCUGGUUUUUUGUUUGUUUUUUUGGGAACAGCUGCUGAAGUCUCCCAGCAUCAAGUGCGUGGAAAGUUGGGGAGCCCCAGGAGUGUGUUGGCGGACUCCCCUCCAAGCCAAUCAGGCAGGCAGCAGCUGGAGAAGUCGCAGGAUCUUGGUUAAGCUUUACAGGAGGAAACAGCUAAACCCACCAGGCACAGGACUCGGGCGGAAGGGUAGGUUCGUUCGCAUCGCGCUGGUCCUGCAGCAUAAAACUGGACAGCACUACAUUGACCCCAAGUUACCAAUCUGAGCAUGCCCGUGCUCGAGUCUCGCAUGAUCUCUUGUGAAGGUAUAACGUUUUGGAACUGCAGAAGUGAACUGCGAUCCAUUCAAGACACACGCCACCUUUUAUAAUGAAGACGGAGCUGGAGGGGAGGUUCCUAAGGAGUGGCUGCGGGCCUUUGUCAAAGUAGUCUUAUAAAACUACAAACAGGCAUCAGCUUAACAAAGACGGGAACCUGAAUUCAAAGGCUAGGUGUUGCGAUACUAUAUAGUGGGCAUGAGGACCUAGCUAUAAGAGGCAGGACAGAUUCCCAUUCCUUCUAGAAUAUUCUGCUUCCUCGCGUCAUGAUUGUCUCGCUCCUCUGAUGGGAGACAGCUUGGCUUUAAAGAUGAAGCUGCUCUUGCAGAAUAAAGAAGAAGAAAACUGGCCCGAACCAUAUUCUUUGGUAGUUUAGUGGUUUCUUGGUGGUGGGAGUUGCCAUCAAGACACAGCUAACUUACAGUGAUCUGUAGGGCCUUCAAGGCAGGAGAAACACAGCGGUGGUUUGCCAUUGGCUGCCUCUGCGUCUCAACUCUGGACUUCCUCGGAGGGCUGACCUGGCUUAGCUUCCAAGAUCUGAUGAGAUUAGACUAGGCUGGGUCAUUCAGAUCAGGGUGGCAGUUUUCUUGCUGGAGAAAAUUCUCUGGAGAUGUUUAAAGAACACUGAGUUUCUGUUUUCUCUGUCAUAAAGGAAGCACAGAAAAUCAUCUGUUGCUAACAGUGUUUUACUACACUAUCCUUCUCAUUCAUGUCCACAGUCGUUCACAGAAAAGGCACCAACCAGCUCAGUGCUGGAGAUCUCUCUGGGCUUCUGACCAGCCUUAAUGUCCAGGAUGGCUGUGUUAAGCCCACCACUGCAACAGUGACCCCUGAGUGGUAGUUCCUAGACCCUAGAAGCUACAGCAGUUACACUGCUGACGUUGUUUUGCGCCUCAGGCAACGUCUGUCCAUUCCUGUGUCCCAUGUGUUGCAGGGGCACCCUGCCUGGCUGGCUUGCAUUGAAAAAGCUUGGAAACAUCUGGGACGUAGCUGCAGCUCAGUAGACUGAAACAGCAGGCAGGGCUCUUCAGGUUGUGUCAGGAGUCGUCAUGGGGCGCUUAGAUGACCAUGCCAAGAAGCGGAUUGUGGAGCUGCGCAAAGCUGGGUUGAGUUUCCGCAAGAUCAAGAAGGUCCUGGAGCUGGACAAUAUCCGGGUUACCCCGCAAGCCAUCUACUUGUUCCUCAAGAGGAAGAACGUGGAGCCCUCCCAGCUCCCGGCGAGCUCCCUUCAGCUCCCAGCUCUCGAGAAGGAGAGCAAGAGAGUGGUCACAGAUCAGACUGGAUGGGAGGACGACAAGCUUUGGAACUUGCUGCAGGAGAACGGAGGUGGGCAGAAGCAGCAACGGGAGCCCGGGGUGCACAGGACACCGUGCCCCACUCUAGGAGCCAGCAUGAGUUGCGCGGGCCUGUCCUCUGACACCGACCAAAGCAGCCCCAAAAUCAUCCACGUGACUUCACUGAGCAAAGACAUGGGGCAGCUGGCAAAGCCAAAUGCCACUUGCGGGGGCCUUUCCACGGGACCACAUCUAGGUCCAAGUGCUGGCGGAAACUGUCCAGUACCGCAACAGGCCUCGGCAACCAUCAGCUGCUUGACUCCUGUCACCCCUGUGGUCCCUCAGCAUAAUUUGAACGGCAAAGGGAAGGUAUUUCUGCCUCCUGCAAGGAAUCCGGCCUUCAUUGUGAAGAGGAAGAUCGUGGGCCGUGCCAUCCACCUCCAAAAAAAGGCAAAUGUUCAAAAUGGGCAGACUCAAUCCGGUUCUUCCCCUGCCCUGCCCUUCAUGCUGAGGAUGCAGCCAGCAAGUAACUCUGCCGAGCGAACCCCAUUUGCCGCAUCUGCACGUGUUGGCUGUGCCACGCACACCAAAGAGGCCAGCACUCAGACGUCCUCAUCCAACCCCACCUACUCACCCACCGAUCCAACCUCUCCAUGGGGAGGCCAGAUGGCAGCUUCCUUGGUCCCCAUCCCUGCCCCCCAGUCCCUCACCGAAAAACUGGAUGCGGUACAUGCAGAGGUCCAAAAACUUGCACAGACGAUGCAGGCGGUGCUGGAGCGGCAAUGUCGGCUGGAACGCCAGCAGGAACAGCAGCAGCGGACCCAGCAGGAAGUGCUGGUGGCAUUGCAGCAGCUCAGCUCCACCGUCAGCCAAGAGGCGUUGCCCGGAAACCAGCCCUGCGCGCCGUAUGGUAGCCUGGUGGAUCCCUCGCCUCCUCUGCUGAACUUUGGCCAGUUCAAGAUGGAGCUGAUCUGACCAAAGAGGAAGGAGGCAAGCGGAGAAACGCAUGAAGGCAAAAUCUGCUACCUGGUUUGACACAGCCUUCCUCCGGGUACCCUGUGCGGCAACCACUGGCCGAUGUUGCCCGUGGGUGACACAGAACUUUCUCCCAUGAGCCUGUUUGGGCACUGAGCCUUGGGCCUCAACAACCUUCGGACUUGCAUCCCCAAAUCUGGGAUGCCAGGUAAUGAGAAACAGAAUGUUCCAUUUCAUCUAGUGCCUCGAUUCUUGAAGGCACUUAAUAAUUAAUAAAUAUUAUGAUGGUGUAGCCUCUGCUAUUGCUGUGAAGCUAAUGGCUGGCAGGGUGCUGACAGCAUAGCCUGUGUUAUGACAAAUCAGGGAAGAAAAGUCAGGUUCUCAGCAUUCAAACACAGAUUUUCAGUAGCAAGGUCCGUAAUGACCAUUAUUCUCAUAGUAUAAGAAGUGCAAUGACAACUAUUUUAUGAGAUAGAUAGGUAGCCAAAGUACUUUGUAUAUUAACAGCUGGGUAAGGCCGGCCAGUACUAUUAUACCCUGCAUUGAACAAGUAUAGGUAACAGCCAAGAGGAUUUCAAUCCAGAAGUUAAUUCUCAGUAGAAAUGUCAUGUAUUUGGAUUUUGAAUGAACCAAAAUCUGAGCCAAAUAACCUUUGUUCUUUAAUUUAUUAAAUAUACUGAUUGUUUUUGGUUGCUACAGUGUGUGUGUUUGUGUGUGACAACUCAGAUUAAUCUGACAGGAGCAUCUUCCACCCAGAAGAGUUAACAGACAUUUCCUCUGAAUUAGAUGGUCUUGAUCAGACGUUUAUAUGAAGUGCUUCUACUUUCUGCUAAUCUGUCUGCUGUCUUAAUGGCCAUGGGAGGGUUUGUUUUUAAUUCAGAGCAAGAAGCAUGGUGAUCUGCUUCUUUGCGAUUUUAUACUGUGAUACGGCACUUACCAUUUUGCUUGGCCCCUGUGAAAUGCAAGCAGUGACGCAAAUUACAGCGGAAAAUGUGUUGUUUCCUGUUGGAAGCAAUAAAAGCAGCAUCAAAAACAACGUAAUGACGAAAACCAGCCAUUGUAAUCAUUAUAAUAAAACAAAGUUUUAACUUUAAAAAAAA